AUGUCGUACUGCAGCAACAGCCACGAUGGUGAUGGAGGUGAGGUUAGGGCAUCACACAUGCUGGUGAAGCACCAAAGUUCGAGGCGCAAGGCGACGUGGAAGGAUCCAGAAGGCCAGGUCAUCAGAAACACCACCAGAGACAGCGACGUCUCUCAGCUAAAGGCCUUCCGUGAUGACAUCAUUUCUGUCAAAUCCAAGUUUGAGGACAUCGCCUCUCGCUCCUCGGAUUGCAGCUCUGCCAAUCGCGCCGGUGAACUCGGUCACUCCCAAUUUGUUUUCCAGAAUACUUCAAAUACUGCUAGAAGAUGGGAACCAUCUUGA